UAAAACUACUCUGCAAUAUAGUAAUAGAAUAAAUUGAUGGCAGUCAAACAACAGAGAUAUUAGAUGUGUGCUCCAGGAGAUAGCUAACGGUGAUGGUACACUCUUGUUCUUAUUCACUUCGCUUUUAAAGGAUAAAAAUACUAGAAGAAAACAAGGUUUAUCUCUCCAAGCCUCCAAGGAACUGAGAUCUAACAAUGCCCCCAAACUCCUUUUGAUUUUCCAGACAUAGAUAGAAAGAAAAAGAAGCUAAAGAAAUGGGAGGGUACGCGUUGCGUUCAGCAUUUGAUUCAAAAUCUGGGCAGAUGAUAAUGGUGGCGUUGCUUUUAAUGGUUGGCUCUUUCUACGUUGGCAACCUUUUUGGCAACAAUGCUCCCAUUUACAUCUCUCAAGAUUCUGCUACUUCGUCUUCAUCUGCAUCCGCAUCUGCAUCUUCAUCUUCAUCUUCAUCUUCAUCUUCAUCUUCAUCUUCAUCUUCCCCUGCUAUAUCUACACUUGUUAACAAAGUCGCUCUUACUUAUCGGGAAACACCGCUUGUAGUCCCACCAAAUGGGAUGAAUAUAUGUCCAUUGAAGUUCAAUGAGUAUAUCCCUUGUCAUGACAUCUCUUAUGUGAAGCAAUUGCUUCGAACCUUAAAUGCUUCCAGAAGAGAAGAGCUAGAGAGACACUGCCCUCCACUUGAAAAGCAUUUAUUUUGUUUGGUGCCACCACCAAAAGACUAUAAAAUUCCAAUAAAGUGGCCAGUGAGCAGGGAUUAUGUUUGGCUAAGCAAUGUGAAUCAUACACAUCUUGCUGAAGUCAAAGGAGGACAAAACUGGGUGCAUAAGAAAAGUCAGCUGUGGUGGUUUCCUGGUGGUGGUACUCAUUUCAAGCAUGGAGCCGCUGAGUACAUUCAAAGGCUAGGAAAUAUGACAACUGAUGACGCAGGUGACCUGCGUUCAGCAGGGGUAGUUCAAGUUCUAGAUGUUGGAUGUGGAGUGGCCAGCUUCUCAGCUUAUCUUCUUCUAUUGGAUAUACAAACGAUGUCUUUUGCUCCCAAAGAUGGUCAUGAAAAUCAGAUUCAGUUUGCUUUAGAACGAGGAAUUGGUGCAAUGAUCUCUGCCAUAGCCACUAAACAGUUGCCAUAUCCCAGUAAUUCUUUUGAGAUGGUUCACUGUUCUAGAUGUCGUGUUGAUUGGCAUGAAAAUGAUGGUAUUUUACUCAAGGAAGUGAACCGCCUCCUGCGACCUAAUGGAUAUUUUGUCUAUUCAGCUCCACCUGCUUAUAGGAAGGAUAAAGAUUAUCCUGUAAUUUGGAACAAGUUGGUGGAUCUAACUGCAGCAAUGUGCUGGAAACUUAUUGCUCAUAAGGUUCAGACUGCCAUCUGGAUCAAAGAAGAAAAUACAUCAUGCCUUCAGCAUAAUGCAGAGUUGAAGCUCAUUGAUAUUUGUGAUGCUGUAGACGAGACUAAACCAUCAUGGAAGACUCUUCUAAUGAAUUGCAUACAACUAAGAAGUGCAAAAACAGAUACUCAGAAGCUUCCUCCUAGACCAGAGCGUUUGUCAGUAUAUUCGGAGAGUCUCGGUAGAAUCGGCAUCAGUAGAGAAGAAUUUAGUUUGGAUUCCGACUUCUGGCAACAUCAAGUUCACUAUUAUUGGAAGCUGAUGAACAUUAGCAAGACUGAAAUACGAAAUGUGAUGGAUAUGAAUGCCUUUUGUGGUGGAUUUGCUGCAGCUUUAAAUGAAUUUCCUGUUUGGGUAAUGAAUAUAGUUCCUUCAAGCAUGCAAAAUACCUUAUCUGCAAUUUAUGACCGGGGUCUGAUUGGUGCUUUUCAUGAUUGGUGUGAAUCAUUUUCAACAUAUCCACGCACAUAUGAUUUGCUGCAUGCCAACCAUCUUUUCUCUCAAUAUAAAAAUAGUGUAGAAGGUUGCCAGCUGGAGGAUAUCAUGCUUGAGAUGGACCGAGUUUUAAGACCUCAGGGAUUUAUUAUAAUCAGAGAUGAGGAUUCUAUUACAUCAAGAAUUCAAGAUGUUGCUCCGAAAUUUCUAUGGGAGGUUGAAUCACACAUUCUGGAAAACAAGGAGAAGCAAAGAGAAACUGUGCUAAUUUGUAGAAAGAAAUUCUGGGCUAUUGUUGAUUAAGUUUCAUUAAGUGCUUUUACUAGUGCAGUUGUUUUUCCAAUCCAUCCAAAGUCCUUGUUACUCUUGUACCAUGAGAUAACCAGUUUUUGUUCUCCUUUUUACCCGUCCUUUGUAAAUGUUAACCUUAUUAGUGGCAGAAAAAAAAUUAAGGAUAUAUAUUUAUAAUAAUUUAUUCAUAACUUGGUUAUGUAGUAAUUUGUAAAUGUUCUACUGUUAAAACAAGACCAGCAUAUUUUUAUGGUGCAAAUAUAGUUAUAUUG